UUUCCAGCUCUGUGGUUCUAUGAUUCUGUGUGUUGUCCAAGACUGAGAAAUCUUUCGAGAAAGUGGGAUGUUCCCCCUGAACACCAUUAAGUACCGUGUGCGUGUGCGUGUGCGUGUGUGUGUGUGUGUGCGUUUCUCCGUUUAACUAACCCACACUCUACAUUAGCAAAACAGCGCAAUAUGUUUAUGCAGAUUUCAUUGUGUUCUUGUUUGUCUCUUCGUCUGAUUUAUUGUUCGUACUCAUGUGAUCUUGGAUGGGGGGUUCUCAAUCAGUACUGCUGCCAAAAAAAAAAAGCAACCAAACAAAACCCUGGCAAGUGUGUGUGUUGCAAUCCUGGAGUGUUAUGUAGGUUAAAGUCUUCUGGGGGAGACAACAGAACGUAUAAGAAGGAAAGCAGAGAGCUGGAGAAGUCUCCUGCUAGAAGGAAAGUGGGAUAGGGGAACCACGUUAUUCUAUAUCCCUCUCCAGCUUGAAUUCUGAUAUUUUCCAGGGGAACAGUAUGAUGGUAAAGGUGACUCUACACAGGCAUUUCCAGCGGUGAAUUCCUCCAUGCCAAUACCCAAUAUGUACAGUAACUACUCUGGGCUCAGCAUCACCGAAGAAACUCUUCAAGAUGCACGUUCCUCGCCUCCGAAUGGAUCAUCCGACCAGAUGUCUCCGUCUCCCUGCCCGCUUCUGUAUUCUGAUUAUCAAUUCACACUCAUUCCAGUGCUCUAUUGUGUGAUCUUUAUCCUCGGGCUUGCUGGCAACAGUGUGGUGGUGGCGGUGCUUUGUCGCCAUCACGGCCCCAAGACAGUUGCGAAUAUUUACAUUUUCAACCUGGCCGUGGCUGAUUUGCUGUGCCUCGCUACGCUCCCUCUGUGGGCAGCCUAUUACGCCUACGGCUACAACUGGAUUUUUGGCUCCGUCAUGUGCAAAAUUUCAAGCUCCGUCCUGUGUCUCAACAUGUUCGCAAGUAUAUUUUUCAUCACCUGCAUGAGCCUGGACCGGUACCGGGCUAUCGUCCAUCCGAUUCGAUUUCAGAGAAGGACGCUACAGCAAGCUUCUCUGAUCACAUUCCUUGUUUGGGGCCUCGCUUGUUUGUCUUCUCUGCCAACCUUUUAUUUCCGGGACACCUACUUCAUCGAAAGCCUGGGGGUGAACGCCUGCAUUAUGGCUUUUCCCUAUGAGAAGUAUGCCAACUGGUCUGCCGGCACAGCCUUCAUGAAAAAUGCACUUGGCUUUCUGAUUCCUUUAACUGUCAUAGCCACGUGCUACAUGUGCAUCUGGAUGCACCUACUGAAAGCACGGGAAUUUCGGAAAAACAAACCAAAAAGAGACAAAGUCUUGAGACUGGUGGUGGCAGUGGUCGUGGCCUUCUUAAUCUGCUGGCUUCCGUUCCACGUUUUAACCUUUAUGGAUGCCCUGGUGCGGAUGCGCCUCAUUAAUAACUGUGACAUUACAACCCUCAUCGACACCACCCUGCCGUUCGGCAUCUGCAUGGGGUUUGCAAACAGCUGCAUCAACCCCUUGCUGUACUGUUUCAUUGGGCACCAGUUCCAGGAGAAGCUCCGGCAUCUGUUUAAGCUGCGAGUCUAUCAGUUUAACAGCACCCGGCAAAGCUCUUCCUCAAGAAAAGGGAGUUACCCUAAAGACGCCGAGACCCCAAGGGACGGUGAGAAAGAGAGAUUGAACUGUAAGCCCACACUGUAGGUAGCAAACAGAUUUUUUUGGGGGGAGGGGGGGUGGAGGGGCAUCUGGAUGCUUUUAAUGUUCUCUCUUCCUCCCCUGUUUUCUAUAUUAUCUAGCACAAAAUGUUCAAAGAGAAUUUAUUUGAAUGUACUUGGUCAUUCUCUUUACCCACCUUUUGGCAAAGAGCGGUGAAUGUAGAAUUUUUACUUGCAGUAUAAUAGAUGUAAAAUAAAGCUAUACGAGACCUUUUUAAAUAUGAGACAGUACGUAGCUGGGAGUAUGUGAAUACUGUCUAAUACGACAUAAGAUAGGGUGACCAACAAUAACACUUAUAAAAGAUUGUACAAUAAAGAAAAAAGUGUGUAUAUA